AUGUGGAGCUUUCUUCGUCGGUUUGAUGAUGUUUCUUUCGUCGGUUUGAUGAUUCCUCCUUGUCGUUCUGGUGGUGCUUCUUUCAUCGGAUAUUCUUCUGAACGUCAUAAAGAUAAUCGAAUAAAUAUUGGUGCAGAAAUGUUAAAAAAAUCUGUGGAUGCUGGAAAUCUUGAAGCAAUGAUUUAUUAUGGAAAACUUCAAAUAAAAGGAGGAUACACAAUAAAGAAAAAUAUUGAUGCUGUAAAUAUCGCGUCACGAAGAUCUCCUAAUUUAUCUUUUACUAUUGAUAUCGAGAAAUCGAGGCCAACUACAUAUUAUUAUUGA